UGGCUCGGUCCUGCUCGCUGAUUGGCUGGCGGCGAGGCCGGCCCGCCGGAGGGGGUUCGAACGAGGCGGGAAGCGGUGGAAGAGCAGAGGCGGCCGGGGGCGCUCGAGGCUCCUUCGCCAAGAUGUCGGUGAACCCCAUGGCCUACGAGGCGCAGUUCUUUGGCUUCACGCCGCAGACGUGCAUGCUGCGCGUCUACAUCGCCUUUCAGGACUACCUCUUCGAGAUGAUGCUGGUCGUCGAGAGCGUCAUCCUGAGGAAAUUGGAUGGGUUUCCCAACGCCAAAAUCAGCGCCUUCCAAAUCCGGAAGAGCACCGAGAAAUUUCUCCUCUUCAUGAAGGAGCACUUCGAUAAGCUCUUCAGUAAAAUGGAAGAAGUGCUUUUGCAGCUGGUGUUGAACAUCCCGAAGAACGUGCUCCUUCCCGAGGACAAGGUGCACGAGCAGUACCCCUACACUAAAGAGCAGUUCCAGGCGCUUCAGGAUGAGAUCGAUCAGCUACAGCAGCGGUACAAGGCUGAGGCAUCUGCGGGGCAAGCGCUUCUCGCAGAAAUCGAAGAACAGAAGACAGUUCAGGCUGAACUUGAAAAGAUUCUGCAGUGGUUUGAUGGGCUUGAGAACAUCUGUAGAGCGCACGGGACCAGCAACUUCAAAGAAAGCUUUGCAUUCCUGACGCAAAACUCUAAGAAACUCCAAGGUGUACUAAAAGAUGUUGAAAAGAAAAGCAAAAAACUGCAGAGGAGUGAUCAGUUAGAGUAAUGGAAAUUCUGAAAAGGUGACUAAAAAGCCAUUAAGACAGCUCACUUAAAAUGAUAGGGAGGCCUGCCUUCCCAGAAGCAUCUUCUCUGACUCCUCUAAUCCUGCAAGGACUAGCCUGAAAGCUGGUCAAGCUGUUGUACUGAAUUUUGUUGAAGUGUGUUAGUUUGCAUCAACUUAACUAGGGAACAGGGAGAGGAAAAAGCCUUGGUUUUCUAGGAAAUGUAUAAGGGAAGUGGUGAUCAGGAAUAAAAUUUAUGUUGGGUAACCUGACUGAAGGUAGUUUCCUGACGUUAUGAAAGUUGCCUUUUAACACAGAAUAUCAUUUGUGUAUUUUAAGGUUUAAAAAAAAAUAAGGAUGUCUGCUUGAGAUCCCAGACUGAUACCAGUUCAGGUAAUGACGUCUGUGCUUUUGUCAGUGAUGACAUGAACACUUUGUACUGAUCUUCUGAAGCAGCUGUGUUACAAAGGCUGUUUCUCUUUAAGGCUAAGGUGCCUGUUUCACCAUGUUUUGAAAGUCAACAAACAGGAAUCCCAUAGAGAAGAAUCAGAUAGUGUCACUUGUAAAUCCUCUGAUGAGAAAUAGAUCUGUUUGCAUCAAUAUUAAAUUUUAGCUCUUUGAGUACUCUGAGAUUUAAGGGUUUAUUACCACUUAACAUAUGUGUUUUGCAAAGAGGUAGAUUGUGUUUUCAUUGAGCGAGGAUAACGUGCUGCUCAAAAGACAUAAAAUUGGAAAGCAGCUGGAGGAAAUGAACAAUUUGAUCACUUCUUUUACUUUAUAUUAUAUUGCUUUACUUUUGUUGUCGUGUCCUUUUUCUGCUAAAUAAACAAAGCUAAUUUUGUUCA